UGGUUUAUUUGAAAGCGUAAAGCACGCAACUCCGCCAUUUAAAUCUUUUAAAAAGUCGUGUGUUCCUGUUUAUCAGAAGGUGAGGCUGAAGUCACACGGAGCAACGGCUGGAUUUGCCUUAUUUAAGCAGGUAACCUUUUAAUAAGAAAUAUGGGAACGAGUGAGAGCAAGAUGGCUGUGUCUGCAGACACAAAACCAGAACCAGCCAUCAAAAAGACGCACGUGAGUCACCUGAUCGAUCCACGCUCUCCCUCAACUUUGAUUGAUCGAACACCCAUUCAGGUGUGUGGACAGGAGUCCAACACUCUUGCAGCAGUGAAGAGGGAGGGUCUCCUGGCCUUCAACGAUCCCCGGUCACCUACCAUUGGCAUCACCCGCACCCCUAUGAGAGAUGUCAUGAGAGCGACUGUCGGGUCUUUUGCCCGCCGCCUGGGCAUACUCUUCCACAGCGAGGCUGAAGGCAAAGUCCCUGAAGACCCCCAGAAACGCUCCAGUGACUCUGUGGACGAGGUCCCCGUAGGUGGAGAGCUGACCUCAGCACAGCCGCUUCUCACUCCUCGCCGGACGAACGACUUGAGCUCCUUAGCCGAACACGCUAACCUCCUGGCCACGCCUGUUCAUGCUCCUCAGCAGUUCGUGGGCGCCUCAAGCCCCUUUGAGCUUCUCUGGGAUCCCCAGGUGGAGGUGGAGGUAGAGACCGAAGCAGAUAUUACCCUAGAGGAAGCGGAAGAAGCGAGAGAGACCCCGUUGCACAAGAGACUGAGCAUGAGCCUCAUAACGUGCCAUGAGGGAGCCCCUUCAUCUCAAGUCUUUGCAGAGGUCCACCGUGAAAGUCCUGCUUGCUCAGAACCUAACGUGGCAAAGGACCAAGUCGGGGAUGAGGUGGAUCACUUGUACGCCCUCCCCUCCAUUACAGUUCAGCCAGAGUCCUCCACCGAGUCUCCAGAGGAGGCAGAGAAACGGCCGUCUGCUCAGGAAACCGAAUCCCCUCCGCCUCGCUCAGAGCAACCGGCUGCCCCGAGUCCAGAGCAGCUACCGGUGUGCACAGGUAUCCGCUGCCCGUCCUUCGAUACCAAGAGCCCCAGUCAGCUGGAGUUCAAGCCACAGUGGUUGGGAAAAGGCUUUGGUGCCACUGGGCUCAGAUCAAGAGGAGUGCAGGGGAACAGGGGAGGCUCGUCUCCUCUCGCUGUCCGUGUGGCGGUAAAGAACGCAAACCACGAAAACAAGGGGCAGUCUGGAAAACUCAAGCCUAAAGGUACUGAGGGCCGCUCUCCACUGCAGAUCCUCAACGAGACCAACUCUCCCCGAGACCAACGUUCUCAGAUGAAGCUGAAGGGGUCCAGUCAGUCUAAGCAGAGACUUGGACAGAUGGACCGCAGAAUGCUGGUGUCGACUCUGGGCAAGGAGAACCAAUGAAGGAAGAUGCAGCGUCUCACCCUCUAUACAUUUCUUUAAAAUAUGCUUUUAUGUGUAUAGCUAUUCAAAAACUAUAUUUGAAGUAUGUGUAUAUUUGACUUUUAUCUGCCAUCUGUUGCAGUUUUUCACUAUGCUUGGCCUUUUUUUUUUGUAAAUGUAAAAACUCCCAGUCCAAGCUUGUUUUUGUUUUUUUUACUCCUUUUCUGUAUCCUUUUCUUUUGUGAGUGUGCUUUACCUGGUAUAUUUUGUUCCUUUUGGUCUGAGACCUUUUUAAAAAUUCUGUCCAUAUAUAAAAUUUGUAAAAAUGUUUUUAAUUAUUAACGGAAUAAAGGUUUAACACUAAAAGUUCA